AUGGCUCCCGUGGGCGCGACCGCCUUGCACAGCGCCCAGAUUACCACCUCGGGCAUAUCGAGACGGAGCGCUCAGGCACCUUCCGAAGACGACGUCCGGCUGCCCUACGGCUUCGGCAGCUUCCAGCUGUUCAUCAUGUUCGGCACGAUCGUAGCCGGCGCCACGUUCACGCUGCACGACGAGAGCUUCCGACUGACCGCGGGCGUCAUGGACCACUGGUGCCGACGACCGGCCGAGUUCGUCAACCUCAGCGUCAGCGAGUGGAAGGAGAUGGCCAUCCCGCUCAACGAGGACGGGGUGCACAGCCACUGCGUCGUCCGCGAUCCGCCCGAUGGAGGCCUCCUCUCCCGCGUGGUGCCCUGCAAGUCAUGGGAGUAUGACCUCAGCACGUACGGCAACAACAUCGUCAGCGAGUGGGACCUGGUGUGCGAUCGCCGCUGGAUCGUGGACCUGGCCCGGCUCGCCUAUUCGGCCGCCUGCAUCGUGUCUCUCGUCGUGUUCGGAGUGGCAGCCGAUCACGUCGGUCGCCGGAUCAUCGUUUUCGUCGCCGUGCCCGUGGUCCUCGUGGCCGGAGUCGGAGGCAGCCUGCCCAAGGACCUGCACUUCUUCGUGGCCGUGCGAUGCGUGAUCUCGGCAGCCGCGAGCGCCCUGCUGCCUCCGCUGCUGGCGCUCAUGUACGAGGUGUCACCCAUGAGCACUAUACCUGCGUGCACCGUCGCAACCUGGGCCAUCACCAUCAUCAUGGUUCCCCCGACGCUAGCGGCUGCGCAGGCCGUCAAGGGCGGUUGGGCCGCCACCCAUCUCGUGGUCAUGCUUCCGACCUGCCUCCUGGUGGUCCUGUACUACACCAUAGAGGAGUCGCCCGCCUGGCUCCUGGUCCGCGGGAGAGUCGAGGAGGCUGAGCGCAUCGCGUCGCGAGCGGCCAAGAUGAACGGGCUGCCGGGUGGAAGAUGCGACCUCACCGGCGCGCAACAUUACCUGCAGGAACGCGAAGAGAAGAUCCGCGACGACUUCGGUGCCACCUGGCUCCUCUGCUACAAGCGACUCCGUAUGCGCACGACACUGGUGAUGUUCUGCUGGACCGCGCUGGCCUACUGCUACGUGAGCUUCAUCUUCAGCGAUGAAAUAUUCGUCAGCGUGGUAGUAGUCGUCAUCGACAUGUUCCUGACCACCGGGGCUGCCGUCUUGGUGGCACGAUGCGUUCCGCGCUUCGGCUUCAAGCGCCUGGUGGUCUCGUCAGCGCUCGUAUUCGCCGUCAUGUCGACCACGUUGUCCGCCGUCUACACGGACGAAGAAACCAUCCUGCGAAACGUGCUGUUGCUGCUCAUAAGAAUGGCGGGAAACGUGACGCUCAUGUUUUUCAUCCCCCUGGCUGCCAACUGCUACUCCGUGGGCAUCCACUGUACGAGUCUGGGCGCCGGUCUGGCCUUUAGCCGUCUCGGCGACACCAUGGCGCAGAUGGUGCCCAGAAUCUUCCACGGAUUGCGCGCCGAGGCACACCUUGCCAUCGCGUCCAUCUUGAUGACGAUGUUCGCGGUGGCCACGCAGUUCCUGCCCACGGAGUCGGACUGGAAGCGACGCGCCUCUCUCGUGUCCGCCAGGAGCGCUGUGAGCGAAGCGACCGGCGAGGAGCUGAGACACAUGCUGCAGGACUCGCUGGUACCGCUGCCCAAGGCGCCGUUGCGAUCGCACCAUUCCUGCAUCAGGGCCGAUAAAAAGACUUACGCGUCCUUGCAGGAAUAUGGCCCCUACACCUGUAAUCGGCUUGCCGGACAUUGA